AUGACGCUGAAGAGACGAUAUUCGCAGUAUGCGAUUGUACUAGUUCUUUUCGGACUUGCUAGCUUCGUAAAAAACCAAGCAAUAUCACGAUGCUUCAUUGGUACUGAAAACAACAGCUACUGCUUUCACUUUUCUCCAUCACCGAAAACAUGGUCAGACGCCCAACAUUUUUGUGAAAGUACCUUUGGUGGAAAUCUUGCUACCAUCGAUUCGCAAGAUAAAUUUGACUUUGUCGACAGUACAAUAAAUAGGUUUGCAUGCAUGAAAGUCAUUUUCUUUGUAGCUGCUUCGGGACCGAACAAUCAACCUUGCCCUGCUGUUGAUCCAGAAAAGACUAUAUCAAUAGAUGAUGCGGUAGGCAUAGAUUUCAAUGUGGAAAACAUACUUAACUACCCCGUGCGAAUUAAUUGGCGUGAUUAUAGCAGCAUCGAGUCGUUCAAUGUGUCGAUAUCUGCAGGAGGGACAGUUCCCGUGUUUACCUAUGAAACACACCUAUGGGUGGCUAGGAAUGAUACUGAUGAUAGACUUGAAAUAAAUGGACUGUGUGUAUAUAACUUUACAGCUGAAGACAGCAUCAACCAACCGAUAAAUGUGGUCAUUUCAGAGAACACUGAUAGUUGUCCAGCAGGAUGGUACAGCUUCCAGGAUAGCUGCUACGUGUCUAGUGAAUCACUCGGAUUAGUGGAUACUAACUGGACAGAUGGUAAACAGGCAUGUAUUGACCUUGGUGGCCAUCUAGUAACGAUAACAUCAAGUGAAGAGAAUCAAGAAGUGGCGAGUUUACAGAGAGUUCCACACUGGUAUGGUUUGCAAAGAGAGCUGUAUUCUUGGAAUAGUAUUCCUCUUGGAGAUUUCACUGCAUGGGAUGCUGAACCAGCUGAGACGCUUCCCGUUAGUGAUAGCUGUGCCUUUGCAAAUGUAUUAAACUCUGGGAAUUGGGAAACUGCAGCAUGCUCGUCACUCAAGGGAUUCCUGUGCGAGUCACGUCUUGAUUGUUUACCGAUCAUCAUCAAGAAGGACAAUUUUGAAUACUACACACAAAGAUAUCUUACCAAUGCACACAACCGUAUGGAUAACUUGGCUUACAGUACACUCUCCAUUGGAUUUUAUUUCAAGCGAGAUGAUGUUGUUUCCUUCGAAGUUGCUGGCUUUUUUGUUUCAUUUUCUGACUUUAUGUGGAGAGAAGCAGACUCUUUGAAAUAUUACAUCACAGAUCGAGGAGGAUGUGUUCAAAUUGAUACGAUAAAGGCUGCCUUUUUCAACGACUGGUGUUUUUAUGAUGCUUUUGAGAAAACCAUGGAAGCCAUCAAAGACUACAUUGACCAAAUGAAACUGGCGGGCGAAGAGGCAAAAUCAUUAGGAGACCAGGCGACAGUGGAGUUCGUCAAGAAGAUGACAUCACGCCAUGAGGAGAUUUUGAAACAAUUCAGUGUUUACUUGGACAACGCCCGCGUUGCUGAACGAACCGAGUCGGAAGCUUGGCUCUUUAGCAAGCUAAACAAAUGGUUGACGUUUGACGACUUCUGAUGAUGAUAUGACCAUCGAGACAAUCUAAUGUGUAUCGAGUGUACUAAAUUGUGGUGGCCUUGGUGAAAUUGUGGUGGAAGGUUGGUGGCAGUGUGGAUUUCUGGUUUCCUGCUGUGUUAUGUCUUUGCUAAUUAUGACUUAAAUAUUACAUGUAUUAAAAAGUAUUCAAUCUGAUGUAUUGUGGUA